AACUCAAGCACGUCUCUGUCUGUUCAUCGCCAGGACGCACAGACCUCGGAGAAAUCUUCACCAUGCAAACAAGAACGUUGCUUCUGGCUCUCACCCUGACCCUGGGGUUCAGUCUGAUGGCAACUGGAGAACCGCUGCACGCUCAGUGCAGAAUCAUAUGGCUCUUCGGGAUCCCGUGCCAGGACGUUUUUGUGAGUCUGGUGAACCAGAUCAAGGAGUGGAGGGGCAUGUCUGGCUGUAUGACUGUUGGACAGAGAUGCCUGUAUGAACUGGUUUCUGCCACUCCUUUCCACAUCGUAGCCAAACACACCUCCAGACAGUGGACCAGCAAGCAGGACCUGACCUUUCACCUGGUGGCAACCGAAGAGUCUGUCUGUAGAGUGACGGCAUAUGCCAUCUCAAAAGCGUGGGCCAGGCUGGAAGACAACGGCACAACCUACUGCACCCUCUACAACCUCGUGGAGGGCAGCGGGCUGGUGGAUGCUGAGGGCUAUAAGAUGUACACCAAUGAAUGGAUCUGUCUGGAGUACUCGACCGCCAACUGCACCAUCUACUGAUGAGAUCUGUCGGUCUUUGAGAUGAUUUAAUACACUGACAAAGACCACGGAACAUUUAUGAAUUGCUCUUUAUUCUCCAAGUGAAGCUUUUAAUAUUUCUGCAAUCUCUCUUAUACAGUUCUAUAGCUAUUUGUUGUGACUAAUGCUUGACAGGAUCAGCAAAAUGCAUUAUUGUUUUAAAGGCAAAUA